AUGUGGCGUCACGUCGCCGCGCGGAGACGGCGGGGGAAGAUGGCGGCGCCGGGCGAUGCCGGGGACGCCGCGUUCGCGCGGCGCAUCGACCCAUCCCGGGAGCCGGGGCUCAGCCCCGAGCAGCGCCGCCUCAUGGCGCAGGUGGAGUACGCCCAGCGCCAGCGCGCCCUGCAGCGUCGGCUCCGCAGUCGCAAUGUGCUGCUGGCGCUCGGUAUCGGCGCGGUGACAUUUGGCAUCUACGGUUACACCUUCUACUCGGUGUCGCAGGAGCGGUUCCUGGACGAGCUGGAGCAGGAGGCGGAGGCGGCGCGGGCCCGGGCCCGGGCGCGAGCCGAGGGUGCCGCAAGCUGAUCGGGGAGCGCCCGGCCCGUGACUGAGCUGCCGCCCUCGCCAGACAGGACGGGCCUCGAGGCAGAUGCGCCUGGGGGGGUUCGGGUCUGCGCCGUGCUCUGCUUUGGCCAGGAGAAGGCCCCGGGGGCUGCCCUCAGGCAGGGCCCCCCCGCGGGCAGAUCCCGCCCCAGGGCCUUUGCCCGGGCCGUGCCCUUGGGAAGGCCAGGGGUCUCCAGGUCCCACCACUCCCCACAAUAAACCCUCUCACUGGAGACCGCGUCAGUGCCCGUUGUUAAGCAUCCCUUGGUCUGAG